AUGGCAACCUCAUCACUCACAACAACCUUGACCAAUUCACGUCCCUUCCUCAUCGAUGAUUUAUUAGAAGUAAACAUUUACAAGGGCACUUCAUUCCCAGUCACUGAUUUGGAUGGAACUAGUGAUCCAUACAUUAUUGUAAACAAAACUUCAAGUCAAAAGAAUCAACCUGUUAAAACAAGUGUCAUUCACAAUUGUUUAAAUCCCGUUUGGAAUGAACAAGCAAAACUUGUUUAUUCUACUAUUAACAAAUUUGAUGGAUUAAAAUUUCAAGUUAUGGAUAAAGAUCAUUUGACUAGAGAUGAUAAUGUUGGUGAGAUUUGUAUUGAUAUGAAAUCUCUUCCUAUCAAUGUUUCUAAAAAAGAUGUUAGAGCAAUUAGUUCUAAAUAUUCCAAUUCGAAACUUGAAUUCGAAUAUCAAUUGACUAGAAUGGAUCCAUUGUUUUUGAAUGCAACGAUUGAUCCAUCUACUCAAUUACAAUCAUUUUCAAAUUCAAAACUUGAAGGUUUGAAUUUAUUUAUUCCAAAAUCUUGGAAAUUCAUUGAUUAUCAUCACGAAUCACCACAUUACAAAAUUGGUAAUUUAGAUUCGAAUAGUGUUGUUACAUUCUUGACUGAAAAGGGAAAGAAUGAUGAAACUGAUGUUCACAUUGAUGUUUGUGAACAUGUUAGUUUACAAAUUGUAAACAGUUUGGAAAAAUUCCAUUCACGUGUUGAAUUAUUUGAUUCCAUUUAUAGAAAUCAUUUACAACAUUACAAUGAAGCUGAUUUUGAAUUGGUUAAUGAAGAAGAAGGAAAUCACAAAUCAGAUUAUUUUGCAAUUGGAAAAUUAUUCGAAAAGGAAGAUAAUUUACAAUAUUAUCAAUCUCAAUAUGUUUUUAGAAAGAAAUCUAAAGGUUCAGUUAAUGAAUCAGGACUCAAGAUUCGUUAUUUCCUUGUUGGAGAAAGUAGUGGAGAUAUGGAUAAGGUUUUAAUUGUUAAAUUUGCAACUGAACAUUCAUUAUUCGAAACCUUGUCAAUGCAUCAAACUAAUCCUUCUUUAGUUUCUAAAAAGACAGAUACCACUGGUUCUCAUCUUCCUCUCAUUGCUCAACCUUCUUUCGUAUUGAAAAAUUUACCACCAAUUCCAUUCUUGAAACAAGAAGAAACUACUCAAUCAGAAACUUCACAAGUUUUGAAUUAUAGAAAGAUUGUUAGUGAAUUACAACAAGUACUAAUCAAAUUAAGUUUCGAUUAG